UGUGGUAUAUAGAAUAUAUAAUAUAUUAUGUUUAGAGCAGAGACGAUUUUUUCACUUGUGAGCUAUUGAGUGAUUAUUAACGUAAAUUUGGUGAAAUAAAUUGAAGGCAAUAAAUUGAAAUAGAUACAUUAAAAUGUCGUGCACUCCGGGGCUCAUUGUCAAAUGGGGGAGCGAUGAACGAGAAAUAAAGGAUAUUUUUGAUGAUACAACAAUUGCUGAAUUGAAGGCUAGAAUUUACGAGGAAACGGGUGUUCGUCCUGAUCGCCAAAAGCUACUAAAUCUUCGGCUGAGAGGAAAACUAGCAGAAGACGAGCAAACGAUUGGUUCGAUCGGCCUGAAGCCGGGUUUCAAGCUAGUCCUGAUGGGAUCCAGGGAGGAAGAUAUUGCAGAAGCAAGCAAUCCCCCGGAGAACAUGAGCGAAGUAGUAAAUGACUUAGACAACGACCAAGAGGGCGAGGAAGUCGUGGUGGAGAACGCUGAGGUCUAUCUGGCGAAGAUCCACAAAAGAAUUCAGAAUUACAAAAUCAACGAGUUGAAUCCACUGCGUGAAAACAAGAAACUCCUGGUGCUAGAUAUCGACUACACUCUCUUCGAUCAUCGAUCAGUCGCUUCCAGUGGUAGUGAACUGAUGCGACCAUAUCUCCACGAGUUCCUCACUCGUGCCUACAAGCACUACGACAUCGUCAUCUGGUCAGCCACAAGCAUGAAGUGGAUCAAUGAGAAAAUGAAACUACUCGGUGUCAGCAAUAAUUCGAAUUACAAAAUAGCAUUUCACUUAGAUUAUCUCGCUAUGAUAUCAGUUUGCACACCUAAAUACGGUCUCGUCGAUGUGAAACCUCUGGGGGUUAUCUGGGGAAAGUAUCCAGCUUAUUCAGCAAAAAAUACAAUAAUGUUCGAUGACAUCAGAAGGAAUUUUCUCAUGAAUCCAAAGUCAGGUCUCAGGAUCAAGCCCUUUCGACAGGCUCAUCUCAAUCGAGAUAAAGACAGAGAGCUGUUAAAACUUGCUCUGUAUCUGGAGCUCGUUGCUGAUGUACAGGAUUUUCAAAUGCUCAAUCACAGAAAGUGGGAGGAAUACAAGAGCAAGAAACACCGCAGGAAGAGUCAGAGACCAAGUGAUGAGUUCCAUGGAUAAAUUACUCACUCAUUAUUUCGCUUCUCUUAGUUCCAUUCUAAAAAUUAUUUUUGACUAUUUCCAUCAUUGCGGUUUUCUUCCUCCCAACGACUCCGAAUUUUCCAAAUUUUCGUGUUUCCUUGGGAAAUAAUCAGGGAAAUUCUUCAAAAUGUUCAUUGAAAUUUUCCGAUUUUUUUUCGUCUUCCUAUGAUAAUUUAUUUAAUCUUUAUUUUCCUCUGGUUUAUCAGCAAAAUGAAUGAUUUUUUGAUUGAUAUGUCAUAUUUUUAUUUUGAUAAGCAAAUUUUGUCAGAGUUUAUUAUUAUUUGAAUGCAGAAAUUAUUAGGAGAGUUUCUUGGUUUUUAAUAUAUAUUCGGUUAAUAAUGUAGAAGAGAGAGAUAGCGCAUUGAAACGAUGCCAUCUGCAUGUAACGAGCUUCAGACAAGUGUUGUUAGACACCUGAUCUGAUAAUUACAAUGUAAAUAAAACAAGUGUAAUAAUCAUAAGUGAUAAUAAAUUUGAAAAAUCCAAUGAAA